AUGAGGACAUCCGUCCUCCUUGCCCUCCUGGGCACCACCCUCGCUCUUCCCUCGCCUAAAAUCUCCUCGGUCCGUAGACCCAACAGGUUCGGUCGUCCUCCCCAGCGUCGGGAGAUCAUCACCAACGACGCCAACACCACCGCCUCCUCCCCCACCACGAGCGCGCCCAAGGACAACAUCUGGAACUUUCUCACAAACGAUGAAGCUGCCGGUGUCAUCAGGUUCUUGCACAACCAGACAGUCCUCAACUUGACUGCUGUCGACGAUGCUGGGGACUGGGACAACACCAUCACUGUAGUCGACCUCUUGCCUCCUAACAAGACGGACGCCUUGUCGUAUAUGGACGGCGAUGGUGCCAAGCCGGACCGUUAUGCCUACGCCAGUAUCCUCUUCGGUGCUACCGAGGAGCCUUAUGCGCAAGACUUUGUGGUCGGCCCCCUUCCUGUGUCGAGUGCCACUACCUACUCUCCUUAUACCUACGGUUCUCACUCCGAGGAUGCCAAGAUCAGAGUGUACGAUCUGGACGACAAGACCGACUUUUUGUCCGACAUUACCAUGUCUAUGAGCGACAUCAUUUCGGACAUUCUCAAUGCUACAAUCGACACUGCCGACGACCUCGCCGAGACCUUUGACAUCUUUGGUAUCGACCCCCUCUGGCACCAGCUCGAUGAGAACGGCAACGACCGUGUCAUCUUUUGGGCUGGCUUCUGGCGUUUUCCCGAGUCCAUCCAGAUGGAGAACAGCACCAUCUACUUUGACGGCGAGACUCUCCUUCCCCAGGGUCUCUACAUCCAAUGCGACAUCACCGGCCGAGAUCAAUCCAUGUGGGGUCUCAUGGGUAUUCUCUACGGCGACGAGUACUACUCUUCCGUGGACGAAUUUAGGACUGCGUGGAAACAGAGCGACUUUAAAAAGUACGCGCCCAACUACUCUGGCGAUUGGAUCGGCACGGACCAGACCGGCGAGACCAUGCCUCUCGAGUCUCAGGCGCCUCCUCUCAGCGUGCAGCCUGCAGGGCAAAGGUUCAAGGUUGACGAGGAGAACCGUUAUGUCGAGUGGAUGGACUUUUCCUUCUACCUCACUUUUACGCGCGACACCGGUAUGAGGCUUUACGACGUCAAAUUCAAGGGGGAGCGUAUCCUCUACGAGUUGGGCUUGCAAGAGGCUAUUGCGCAUUACGCUGGGAAUGACCCAGUGCAGAGCGGUACCUCUUACCUUGAUACAUACUACGGCUUUGGCCCUUAUGCGUUCUCCCAGGUUCCCGGCUAUGACGCGCCUCUCUACGCCUACUGCAUGAACACCAGCUUCCACGCCGCCGAGCUUUCCAAAUCUCACCGAUGCGGUAUCUCCAUCUUUGAAGCCGACCAGAAUCACCCCAUGCAGCGUCACUCCAACUCUGCCUACGUCUCGGCCACCAAGAACAUUGCUCUUACUCUGAGGUCUAUCAGCACUGUUGGCAACUACGACUACAGUUUCGACUACGUGUUUUACCUGGACGGUACGAUGGAGACUGUUGUCAGGGCUUCUGGUUAUAUCCAGUCUGCGUUCUACGCCAACAACACUGAUUACGGAUACCAAAUUCACGACUCUCUCUCUGGUUCUAUGCACGACCACGUCUUGACUUGGAAAGCCGACUUUGACAUUGCUGGUCAAGAAAACACUCUCGUCAAGCACAUCAUCGAGCCCAAGGACAUCAAGUACAAGUGGAACAACGAGACCCGAUCUACCAUGCACCUCGUCCGAAAGGAGAUUACCAACGAGGACGACGGCAAGAUGAACUGGUCUGCCAAUGCUCAAGAGCAGGUGGUGGUGGUCAACAAGAAUGCGACAAACAAGUACGGAGAGCCCCGAGGGUACAAGAUGAUGCCUAGCCGAGGAGGCGCGGGUAUGCACUUGACCAUCACCAACUCUAGCAACUUGUUCAACUCGCAAGGCUUCGCUACUCACCAGUACUACGUCUGCAAGAGGAAAGACUCUGAACUUCGUGCAUCCAACGCGUGGAACGACUAUGACACUGCCAACCCCAUUGUCGACUUUAGCAAGUUCUUUGACGGCGAAGAUAUCGAGCAAGAAGAUAUCGUGGUGUACUUCAACCUUGGUAUGCACCACGUGCCCCACACUGGUGAUCUCCCCAACACCGUCUUCACCACUGCUACAAGUGGCAUGAUGAUUCUCCCCCACAACUACCUUCUAUCCGACCCCUCUCGUCAGGCUACGCAGCAGAUCCGUAUCGACUACAACGACAACAGAACCACUGACGUAUACACCUGGGGGCACGAGACGGCGUCCGGGACUGUCAACCUUGACCAGAUCAGCUGGGACCCUUACUCUUACUAUGGUGAUGUGGCUGUUAGAAAGUUCCCUUACGAUCCCCAGAACCCCUUCAACGACACCGGAUCCGUCGAUGUCGAAGCAGCGCCGCUCCAACAAGAUGCGCCCUGUUCGAAGGGAAGGAAGAGCGCGCCUUUCGUGCGAAGGGGGCUAAUAGUCUUGACCUUCUUGGCGGCUUCCAUAUGGCUAUCGCCUCCCAUUGGGCGAACACCCAGCCUCACCCACUACUGGUCACAGUCAGCCACGCCUCUCGACACGCAGUGCGAUACCCUUCUCACCGCUUCCGCUGGCACUCACACUGUCCGUCUGGAGACUCUCGUCUCGUCCCUCCCCCCAUCCACUGUCUGGGUGGCAGAGCCAGGCGCAUCAGUCUCAUACUUCAUCGGAUCAUUUUCGUCCGAAGAGUGGUGGCUCUCUGAACGCCCAUUCCUCGUCGUUGUCGGUCAGUCUUCUAAUGGCUCUCCCCGGGUGUACCUGGUCACGCCGACGUUCGAAGCACUCCGAGCGCGUUUGUUGGAACUUCCCGAAGAGGUACGGCGUAUCGUCCGGUGGGUCGAGUGGAGGGAGGACCAAAGCCCUUACCAGGUUCUUGGCGCUGCCCUCGGAGAUGAUGUCGAGUCCUUCGUGCUUGAUCCUAUGGUCCGCCACUUUAUCGGACAAGGCUUGCGGAAAGUACUCCAAGAAAAGACUGACGAGGAGGUAUUGGCGAGCGUCUCUCUCAUCAGAGAACGCAAGACUACCCACGAAGUCGACUUGUUGAGGUGCGCCAACCAAAAGACGCUCCACGCCAUUCGCCAGACGAGAAUAAGAAUGUACCUGGGCAUCAACGAGUCGCAAACGAGUAAGAUACUCGAAGAAGAGAUGGCCAAGACGGGUCUUAUUGGAGGGGAGGGGUUGGUGUUGUUUGGCGAGGAUGCAGCGCUUCCGCAUGGUUCUGGUACCAACCGUCGCCUGGGAGAGUCUGACCUCGUCUUAAUCGAUGCAGGAGGCAAGUGGGGAGGCUAUGUCUCGGAUAUUACUCGAACAUUCGCUCUCCCCAAAUCCAAGAUCCCUCAGCACCACAUCGACCUCUGGGAGACAGUCCGGCAAGCUCAAUACGCGGCCUUUGAGUUCCUCAAGGGAAUCAACGCCUCCUCUCCACCAAAGCUUGCUGAUCUCGACCGAUCCGCCCGAAACGUGGUGUCAGCCUGGCACCGCUCCGAGCCUUCGUCCUCUUCCCCAGCCGUGGACUCCGCGGACGACGCUUCAGUACCAGAUUUCAGCAUCUUCACCCACCGGCUUGGGCACGGUAUCGGUCUUGAGGGACAUGAAGUGCCAUAUCUCGUCCAAGGGCCUCUCGGUGAGCGACGAGUGCAGAGUGGACAAGUGUUUAGCCUCGAGCCUGGGAUCUAUCUUCCGCAAAACGGUGAGGAGGUGCAUGGAAUGAGGGGUGUGGGGGUGAGGUUGGAGGACUGUUUUGUUGUGACGGAAGAUGAGCAGGGGUGGCUGGGUGGAGAGUGGCUUUCGGGGCCGAUGGGGGCGUGGGGGGAUGAACUCUAA